AUGCCUGGUCCUCUGUCUCUCUUCUCCGUCAAUGCCAUCCUGGUCAUCACCGCAUCCCCCGCGGGCGCCGCACCCAACGCGACCAACUACCCAGGCGCCAAUCCCUACCAGACGGUGAAAGAGCAGCGGGCAUUCGAGAAGGGCCUGCUGGAGAAGACCAACAAGUCCGCCAGCGACGUUAUUUUGUACGAUAACCGUAUCGUCGUGUUCAAGAUGGAAAGCGACGUGAUGCUGUACGUGGUGGGGAGCGCCGAUGAGAACGAGGUGCUGCUGUAUAACGUCGUGCUAUCUCUGCGCGAUGCCCUAGGCGUUCUGUUCAAGGGCGCCACCGACAAGCGCACCAUCGUUGAAAACUACGAUCUCGUCUCCCUGACCAUUGACGAAAUCGUUGACGACGGAAUCAUCCUCGAGACUGACCCGGUCAUGAUCGCCUCGCGGGUUAGUCGGGCACCGGCUGCGGACGCCCCGAAUAUGAAGAACAUCGAUCUCUCGGAACAGGGCCUGCUCAAUGCGUGGGAGUUUGGCAAGCGGCGUCUGGCCGAGCAGUUGCGGCAGAUGUAG